AUGACACUUCAAUUCGAUGGUUGUGCGUAUUUUCGUCAGCGGUUGGUUUUAUCAACACUGAGCUGUACUCCAAUCAAGAUUAAAAAUAUCCGAUCACAAGAAAACGAACCUGGACUGCGCGAUUCUGAAAUCAAUCUCUUACAUUUAUUAGAAAAGCUAACAAAUGGAAGUAAAGUCGAAAUUAAUGCGACUGGCACUUCGCUCUAUUAUGUUCCUGGUGCAUUAAUUGGUGGUACUAUUGAACAUCAAUGUUCAUUACAGCGUGGAAUCGGAUAUUUUCUUGAACUUGUCCUCUAUAUGGCCCCGUUCAUGAAAACGGCUCUAGAACUCCGUUUACAAGGUGUUACGAACGAUCGAGAUGAUCCUUCCGUUGAUUUAAUUAAAUAUUCCGCACUACCGGUGAUGAAACGAUUCUUAGGGUCAGAUGACGGUUUAGAAUUAAAAAUAAACAAACGAGGCGCGAAGCCGAAUGGUGGUGGUGAAAUACUUUUUCGUUGUCCCACAAAAAUGAAGUUACGACCAUGCCAGUGGACAGACACAGGAAAAAUCAAACGAAUUCGUGGCGUUGCCUACGCUAUGCGUGUGUCGCCAAGUUUAGCCAAUCGCUUGAUUGAAACUGCUAAAGGAUUACUACUGAAAUUUCUGCCCGAUGUUUACAUCUAUGUUGAUCAUCAAAAAGGAUCGAAUGCUGGCUUAUCGCCUGGUUAUGGUUUAACUUUAGCUGCUGAAACCAAGAAUGGUUCGGUUAUAGCAGCAGAAAGUUGUUCGAUACCACGAGCAGAGGAGGGUUCGGCAACAACGAUUACUAUUCCCGAAGAAUUAGCAAAAGAAGCGGUGCACAAACUUCUCGAUGAAAUUUACAAAGCAGGCGUUGUUGACUCGUUCGGUCAAGCAUUGAGUUUUCAUUUCAUGGCACUCAAUCAAGCAGAUGUAUCCAAAGUGAUCACCGGUCCGUUGAAUCCCUAUUCAAUGCAAUAUCUUCGAUAUUUGAAACAAUUUUUUCAAAUUAUGUUCAAAAUCGAGAAUGCACAAGAAAUUCCUCGAGUGAAGAAUGAAAAAAUGGAAGAAGAUGAAGAGGAAGAUACUGAUGACAACGAAGAUGGUGAAGAAAUGCGUGGAUCAGACGACGACGAGGAUGAUGAAUUGAAAACUGGCAGUCCGAAAGUUCUUCUAACUGCCAUUGGCAUUGGUUAUCACAACCUAACGAAAACUUUGAUUUAA